AUGGUAAUUUGUCCUCAAGGUUUUCUUGAAGAGGGACAAGAAAUAGCUGUGAAGAGACUUUCGAGGAAUUCUAGACAAGGAUUAGAUGAGUUCAAGAAUGAGGUUAUUUGUAUUGCCAAACUCCAACAUCGAAAUCUUGUGAAGCUUCUGGGAUGUUGCAUUCAUGGAGACCAGACAAUGUUCAACUAUGAGUACAUGCCUAACAAAAGCUUGGACUUCCUUAUUUUUGAUUGGACCCGUGGCACAUUACUGGAUUGGACUAAGCGCUUUAACUUCAUCAACGACAUUUCUCGGGGGCUUCUUUAUCUUCAUCAAGAUUCUAGACUAAGAAUAAUCCAUAGAGAUCUCAAAGCUAGCAAUGUUCUGCUAGACGUUGACAUGAACCCAAAGAUAUCGGACUUUGGUGUGGCUAGAAGUUUUGGAGGAAAUGAGACAGGAGCGAAUGCAAGCAAAGUGGUUGGAACAUAUGGCUAUAUGUCUCCGGAGUACACAGUGGAUGAGAUUUUCUUAGUAAAGUCAGAUGUAUUUAACUUUGGUGUUUUGGUGCUAGAGAUUGUUAGUGGAAAGAGAAACAGAGGUUUCAAUCAUUCAGACCACCAUCUCAAUCUUGUUGGGCAUAGAGUAUUCUUGGAAGGGAAUCCGAACCUUCUGGUGAUUACAAUGAUUGUCUCAGUAUUUCAUUCCAUAUUCGACUUCUUGGCAUUUAAGAAUGGUAAUGGCAAUCAUUUAUGCAUCUUCUAUGAUGAGCUUUAUGGGAAUUAUAGCUUACACAUGAAGUACAAGGCUCAGGUUCAAGCUGUGAGUUCAUUGUUCCUCUUACUUGUUGAUGGUUAA